GCAAGGAAAGCAUCACAGAAGCAGCAUACGAAGAAAAAAAAAUUCAGAAAAAACAUGAGACGAGAAUUGUUAUUCGGAGUACUGUUGCUUAUUCUAUCAGUUCAAAUUUCUGAAUCUGUGUUCAGUGAAGUGAAUGGGGAGAAAUCUGGCGUCUUCUUGACUCCUAAGUUUGUGUUGGGAGCAGGAUCUGUCUGUAAUAAGUAUUACCACAACGUCGAUUUUCCAAGAGGUCAUAUUGCUCUUAAGGACUUCAAUGCUGAAAUAGUUGACGAGUCUGGGAAUUCCGUUCCGUUGUAUGAAACUUAUAUUCAUCACUGGGUCAUCCUAAGAUACUAUGCCACAAAGGAUAUAGAUACGGAUGAAGAGAAGGAUUCUGGGAAGAUGAUUAUGGUGAGAAACAGUGGCUUUUGCAAGAACCUUGGCCAGUACUUUGGGUUUGGAUCUGAAACACGACGAACCAUGACACGCGUGCCAGAUCCUUACGGAAUAGAGGUUGGAAAUCCUGCAGAAAUCCCAGAUGGUUAUGAGGAGAGAUGGUUAAUUAACUUACAUGCAAUUGAUUUACGAGGUGUGGAAGAUCAAUUUGGUUGCACGGAGUGCAAGUGUGAUCUGUAUAAUGUUACCAAGGAUGAGUAUGGUACACCAUUAAGGAUGGGUUACACCGGAGGCUUGAAGUGCUGCUAUGAUAAGACUCAAUGCAGGGUAAGACAAAGCUUCAGGAGCAUCAAAAGAGGUGUCUACCUGAAAUACACAGUGAAAUGGGUAGACUGGGAAGAAACUAUUUUGCCUGUCAAAGUUUACGUUUUUGAUGUCACCUAUACUGCUAAAAGAGGGAGUGAUUCAGAAUCACCCUGCAAGAUUGAAUACGAUGUCGAAGCAUGUGAUAGGACUAGUGCAGGUAGAGAUACAAUUUGUGUAGAUAAUAAAAAGACAAGUCUGGUUCUGCCCAACGGCGGUUAUCUAAUCUAUGGUGUUGCUCAUCAGCACUCUGCUGGAAUUGGUUCAGCGCUUUAUGGACAGGAUGGACGUCUUAUAUGCACUUCUUUACCAGUUUAUGGAGAUGGAAAUGAAGCAGGCAACGAAGAUGGCAACAUAGUGGGGAUGUCAACUUGCUAUCCUCAACCUGGCUCUGUCAAGAUAUCUGAUGGAGAGACUUUGGUUUUGGAAUCUAACUACAGCAGCAUUGAAAAACAUACUGGAGUGAUGGGUUAUUUCUACAUCUUGGUUGCGGAUCAACCGCCAAAGCCAUCGCGCAGGCAAAUUUAUAAGCUGGAAAUCUUGAAGUACACAUGGUUAUUGGUUUUGAUGGGAGUUGUAGGUGCGAUUGGCGCUGUUUUUAGUUAUCUUCGGAAAGACGAAAAAUAUGGUGGCUAUCAGCUAUUAGGCAUCUAAGCAUGUCUCUCUAAUCUUGAAACUCCUCAAGCUCUUUUUGAUUAAUUGUAAUCCACAUAAAACCUAUGCGUAAGAUAGCUGGCGUGGGUUUCCUGCGGCAGGUUGUGUUUAGUGCGAUGCUCAACUCACCUUUGGUUGUGUCUUACGUUUGAAGCUACCCCCAAAAUUUGCAAUUCAAUGCGACCAAAACUCAACCUCGUGAUACAAAAUCUUAACCAAGGAGAAAUCGAAUCUGCAUUGUUAUACAAACUCUGCUAAGUGCCCCAAAUUUGCAUCAUAUGA